CCAUUCCGAUAAACACAAGCACUCGGCCGCUCGGAGCAGACGGUUUCAACAAACAUUAAAGACUAAAUUAGUCUCUGUUUGUUUAUUAAUAUCAAAGACCAAGUAAAAUGUCGAAAAUCGUGCUAUUACUUAUGUUCGUCGCCGUAGCUGCUGUCCAAGGUUACCCGGCUGAUGAUAUUGCAAGUGCAGCAGCAAGGGGGGACUGGGAAACUGUCCAUAAACUACUCAGCGCAAGCUUCGACAACAAAAAUAUUUGGAAGUCUGUUCCCUCCGGCAGCGUAAAAAGUUUGAAGCCAGUCGGCGGCGGACAUGUAUAUGGGGAAGCCGAGUAUACCUUCCACUCAUCAUCAAACGUUGGUGGACAAACGAAGGAACAAAGCGGGGGACACAAAGUCAUCAACAAUGACGGAAAAGUAUCUGAAUACGACUUCAAGCCUACAUUCUAAAUUAUCAAUGGUACAGAUAGGAAAUUUGAGUUACAGACAAAGAUACUAAUGCCAGUACUUGUAGAAAAAAAUGGUUAUAUUUUAGUAAUAAAUAUAAAACAGAAAGCGUAAACUAAAGAAUAAAAAUUCAUUAUGAAAUUAAAUUCUAAUGUUUUCUUAACGGUAAAUUUGGCUGUGCAUGUGCAAUAGGAUAUUAAAAAAUAAUAAAGAGUUAGUUUACUUAUUAAAAUAUA